UCAUUUUUUUAAAUUAAAUUUUAAAGUUUUUUGACAGUAAGUAAUCCAUUCUGAACAAUUCCACAAUACAUCCUCAGAAGAAUGGGGAAAAAAAAAGAGAGAGAAAAUUGUAUUGAAACGCUAUUCUGAAAAGACGGCGGCGUUACAGUACUGGAGAGAGAGAGAGAGAGAAAGAGAGAGGAAUCGCAUUUUGAGAUUACGGGCUCGGAUGCUCAUAGCUACGCGUUUGCAUUACGACGAGUGAAUAUCACGUUACGCUACGAAUACGUCGAGUGGGGGGUCGAGCGUGAACGUCGAGCAGACAGCAUCGGGUCUCGUAGAGGGGCCGAAACAUGGCGAGUUUCGAUGACUAGACGUGUAUGGAAGAGCUAAACGCGCGAUCUCGUAACGAGUCAUUGUCUCUGCCGUCGUUCCCGACAAUGAAUCGUGGAAGACCGAUCAAGUGUCACACGGUAGCACAGAUUCAUCAUUGUGGCGUCCGUUAAACCGAUACUGCAUCGAGAAUCUUCGGUCGGGAUUAACCUUUCAGGAGCAGCCAAAUUUAAAAAAUCGACGAAACUUUCAAAUAAAUUUAAGCUGUUGGUCAACUGAUCAUGAGUCAGCAUGUAUAGCUUUGAAGGAGAUUAUAGGCGUAAGCCACAACAGAAUUUAUCAGGUGCUAGUAGGCGGGAUGAGAGAUCUGUUCUUUUGCAACAUGCACAGUUAGAGAGGCUAAAAAGGGAGCAACAGCGCAAAAAGCAUGAUGCAGCAUUGAAGAUACAAGCACAUGUGCGUAGUUUUGUCACUAGAAAACUAAUAUAUAUGCAGAAAAGAAGGGAAUUUGAUGAGGCACAACAGGCAGCAGGACGUAGGAACCUGAGUUUGGAAGAACUAGUGCCCUACCUGCAAAAAUUGCUGUUUUUUUAUGAUUAUGUCCUGGAUGCCAACAGAUUAAUAUGGGUCCUUCAGCACUUUCUGAAGCAUCAAAGAGAAAUUAAAUUGAUGUCAAUAAGUUCAUCACAGUGGUUGUGGAGACUACGAUGGAUCCUUCGCAUGUGUAUGCAAUACAAUUCAGAAGUGCUGCCGGAUGGUGCUUAUUCCUUGGCUAUACCGCUGCGAGUCUUGGUAUUCACCACGCGAGAAGACACGGAGAAAGUGCUACGCGAGAACAGUUACCGGCAUCUAGAGAGUAUAUUCAUCUAUCUAAUCCAAUAUAACUACUUCGAACAAUUGAGGAAGCUGUUAGAUGAGAAAGUGCCACCGAUGGUGGAGGUGACGUCUGUCGCGCCAACGCCAAUCUCCAAAUGUUUACUGGACAUGAUCAAACGACCUGUGGAUUUAAUUUCUUAUGUGGAUCAUAGGGAAAACUUCUCGAUACUCGUGUUGCAAAAAAUGUGCAAAAGUGUAUUUUCGUCCAGACUGUCCGAUCCAAUUCGUAUGUUUGUUGUGCCAGCAUUGGCAGAAUUCAAAGAUUUUCCAUAUGUUCAGUUGAUUGCCUGCAUCAAUCGACUGCAAUUAGAACCUACAAUAAACCUGCUGUACUGCGUAUUGUCGUUGGAUUCAUCUAAUCAAUUUUCGUGGUGCAAAUCUGAGGAUGCGUUGAUGAACUAUCUGCAAGUACUUGCGUCCCUGAGCUCGACCAUAGUGCCGUUAAUGACUGAACAGAAUAUUUCAGAGCGGCAGCAAGCCGAGAACGACUCGGACAAUGAGUCCAGUGGCAGCGUGACUGAUCAAGAGCAGGCUGACAUUCUGCGACAUUGCGUCGAGAUGUUAAACGAGCAGCAGCGCGUAAAUGCCAUACUAUCUGCGAUCGAGCAGAGCCAAUCCGAUCCUUCCAUGCUACUGCAACCAUUGUGCCGAUUAUGCCAUCACCUACUCAUUACCAACAAAUUGGCCGUUCAAAAGUACAAAUUGCUCUAUAUGCUCGCGUUUAAGCCGGUAUUCCUUAAACAUCUAUGGACCAAACUGGCAUCAAUUCGUCAGACGUCAUUGUUCGGCGGUGGUACCUCUCUUCUGCAGAUUAUAUCACGUGGUAUCGCUCUCUCGAUCGAGGACACCGAUAAGAUAGUUCCGUUACUAGCGGUGUUCUGCUCGUUGUUCAGUCUAUUGAUCGCAACGUUACACGACACAGAAUUCUUCCUCGAACAAGCUUCUACGGAACAGACAUCCAACAAUCGGCAACAACACGCAAUGCCGUUCACUAUUGCAGAGCUGGCGGUGCUGUCCGGUCAUCUAAAGGGUGUCUGUCUAGGUCUGGUGGAACUCGCGUUUCCCGACACUCGGCCCACAGUACGCGAUGACUACAAGAACGCCGUACUGGGCCCUACGUCUGCCGCUCAUUACCAACACAAUACGCAGAUCUGGACACAUUUGUUCAAGGUCACAGUGGGUCUUUUACGUCAACUGCAUACACGUGACCUAAGGCGCCAAUUCUGUCCGGAAGGCCACUGGAUUGCAUCCAAUGUCGUCAUUCCCAUCGAUAAACCACAGGAUUUCGCGUUUCGUAGACGCCGGUUACGUGGAUAUGUGCCCUUUCAAAAUCUGAGGGCUUUUACCCGAGAAGAGUUUGAAGAGGGACCACCAUUGUCAGCGACAGAAGUGCGGACGUUGACACUGCUACGCGAGAUACCGUUCGUUGUACCAUUCAACAAUCGCGUAGUGGUAUUCCAGUCAUUGAUUUACAAGGAUAAAGCGGAACAACAGGGCGAACUCGCGCACUUCAUGCAGGGUCCAUCGAUACAGAUUUCUGUGCGACGAAACUAUCUCUACGAGGACGCCUUUGACAAGUUGUCGCCGGAAAAUGAGCCGGAACUGCGACUGAAGAUGCGAGUACAACUGGUCAACACCGCGGGAUUAGAAGAGGCCGGUGUCGACGGUGGCGGCUUAUUCAGAGAAUUCUUGUCUGAAUUAUUGAAAACCAGUUUUGAUCCUAAUCGCGGCUUCUUCAAACUUACCAAGGAUAAUAUGCUUUAUCCGAAUCCCACGGUGCAGUUGUUGGUCGAUGAUUUUCCGAAACAUUAUUAUUUUAUCGGUAGGAUCUUGGGAAAAGCACUGUACGAGAAUUUACUGGUGGAGCUGCCAUUCGCCGAAUUCUUCUUAUCGAAAAUCGUCGGACGUCAAUCGGACGUGGACGUGCACCAUUUGGCAUCCCUGGACCCCAUUAUGUAUCGCAAUUUGCUCUAUCUGAAGAGCUACAAAGGCGACGUGGCAGAUCUCGGGCUGGACUUUACCGUGCUCAGCGACGAACUCGGCGAGAGGAGGAUCGACGAGUUGAAACCGAGUGGCACCAACAUUCCUGUGACGAAUCACAAUCGCAUCGAAUAUAUUCAUCUAAUGGCCGAUUAUAAGUUGAACAAACAGAUACGUGCGCAAUGUUACGCAUUCAAACAGGGAAUCGGCAGCGUGGUGCCGCUCGACUGGCUGCAGAUGUUCAAUAACAAGGAACUGCAAGUACUCAUAUCGGGCGCACAGAUUCCCGUAGACGUAAACGAUUUGAUGUUACAUACGAACUACACGGGCGGAUACGCGCCCGAUCAUCCAACUAUUACUGCCUUUUGGAAAGUUGUCAACGAGUUCAACGACCAGCAAAAGGGCCAAUUAUUAAAGUUUGUCACCAGCUGUAGCCGCCCUCCUCUUUUGGGAUUUAAGGAACUCGAUCCGCCAUUCUGCAUUCAGCAUGCCGGCAGUGUUGAUCGUUUACCGACCUCGAGUACCUGUAUGAAUCUGCUGAAACUUCCCGAGUUUCCGGAUGAAAAGACUCUGCGCGAGAAACUUCUAUACGCAAUACAGGCUGGUGCGGGCUUUGAGCUCAGUUAGAGAUUUUUUAUCUUUGCUGACCUAAAGUAUGUAAAUAUGAUGUGUAAAACUAAUGAUGUACCGUGUAAGAGGGGAAUGUCGUGGUGAUUUAAGACUCUGUGCAAGAAUUUUUACGAAAAAA